AAUCCUCUUCUCCUUCGUUGCUUCUCAACCUAUCACUCUUCUUCCUCUCAUUACAAAGAGCAUUUAAACUUUAAAAUUCUCUCUUCAAACUUUGUUAACUCCGUUCAGUGCAAACAAUGGCCUCUGUUUCAAAGAGGUUACUACUGAAGAGAGAGACGAUCCCCUGUAUCAGCAACACCAUGAGGAAACUCUUCUCCACCGUUGGAUCUCCAUCUUUUGCUCAGAGACUACGAGAUCUUCCCAAAGACUUCCCAUCUACUAACGCUAAACGCGAUGCCUCUCUGCUCAUUGGACGAACUCCACUAGUGUUUCUCAACAGAGUCACUGAAGGUUGUGAAGCUUACAUUGCAGCCAAACAAGAACACUUCCAGCCAACUUGUAGCAUCAAGGACAGACCAGCUAUAGCUAUGAUUGCAGAUGCAGAGAAGAAAAAACUAAUCAUCCCCGGAAAAACAACGUUGAUAGAGCCUACUUCAGGAAACAUGGGAAUAAGUUUGGCUUUUAUGGCGGCUCUGAAAGGGUACAAGAUUGUAAUGACGAUGCCUUCUUACACCAGCUUGGAGAGGAGAGUGACUAUGAGAUCCUUUGGUGCAGAGCUUGUUCUUACUGAUCCAACUAAAGGAAUGGGUGGAACCGUUAAGAAAGCUUAUGACCUUCUUGACUCUACUCCUGAUGCUUUUAUGUGUCAACAGUUUGCUAAUCCUGCUAACACUCAGAUUCAUUAUGAUACAACUGGUCCUGAGAUUUGGGAAGACACACUUGGAAAUGUCGAUAUCUUUGUGAUGGGAAUUGGGAGUGGAGGCACAGUCUCUGGAGUUGGACAAUAUCUUAAAUCUAAAAACCCCAAUGUCAAGAUAUAUGGAGUGGAACCUGCUGAAAGCAAUAUACUCAACGGUGGCAAACCAGGUCCACAUGCUAUCACAGGCAAUGGGGUUGGAUUUAAACCAGAUAUCUUGGAUAUGGAUGUUAUGGAGAGUGUUCUUGAGGUGAGUAGUGAGGAUGCUAUAAAGAUGGCUAGAGAGUUGGCAUUGAAAGAAGGUCUCAUGGUUGGGAUAUCGUCGGGCGCUAACACUGUGGCAGCACUUAGACUAGCGAAAAUGCCAGAGAACAAAGGCAAACUCAUUGUGACGAUUCAUGCGAGCUUUGGAGAGAGAUAUCUGUCGUCUGUUCUGUUUGAUGAGCUGAGGAAAGAAGCAGAAGAGAUGAAGCCAGUUUCGGUCGAUUGAUGAAGAAAGGCUUCUUCUGUACUAUAAAAAGAAACUCAAAUUGGGAGCAGAGAAGAUUGUGUGACAUAUAUAGCCCACUAAAGGUGUAAUAAGAGUUGUAUGUUUGUUUUAUAUGAGAGGGGAUAUUGGAAAAAAUAAUUAUGUUUGAUGUCGGAUAUUGUAAAACACAAUUAAAUGAGCGUUAAAUUAGCAUUUUGUGGUUCAAA